GAGACGCUGAUGUAGGCGCAGUCACAGAGAGAAAGACACGCAGGAAAGGGAGAGAAAGGGAUUUUGAGUGAGUGAGAAAUGAAGUCUGGAGAGUGAAGUAUUUUCCGAAGAGAAAGAAACAAAGACUUUCCAUAUCGAUAGCGAGCGUGUUGACGGAGAAUCUAGAAGUUGUAUAUAAAGAUAGGAAAAACAAAAUGAUGGGAAUAGUGCAAGAGCAGAACAUGGAGAAGCACAUAGAGAAGCAAAUGGGUUGCAUGGCAGGGUUCCUACAGAUCUUUGAUCGUCACCAGAUUAUCACUGGAAAACGCCUCUAUGCCACCAGACGUCUCCCUUCAUCUAUGGGUGUUGAUUCUACUCCGAAGUCAGAGAAGUCAAUGGGAUCACCAGCGAUAUCAAGAGAAUUGGAGAAAUCGCAGCAAACAAGAACAAUGCCUUCUCCAGACAGGUUUCAGCAAUCUCCGGUAACGGAGAUCCGGUCGCCGGCGGCACCGGAGUCUCCAAUACCGGUUGAGAUUCAAUCAAAAUCGCAUCUUACUCCUUCUGUAUUUGAAUUGAAAGACGGCACGAAAUCAUCCUGGAGAUCCUGCAAAGAAGCUCCAAGACUGUCUCUCGAUAGCAGAGCAACUUUUGAUGCGAAAGGAAGCCUUAAACCGAGAGAGAUCCGUACCAAUGCUGCGAUUUUGUCGGUCAAUGGUUGCGAAAACAACGUAGAGCAAGCAGACUACAAUGACAAGCAACGCCGAUCACCAAGUGUAAUUGCGAGGCUCAUGGGGCUUGAGCCAUUGCACGACGUGGAUCCUGAACAGGUGAAGAAACCUGAACUGAGAAGAUCUGCUUCGGAGUCCAGAGCCUCCAGAGAGCUGUUUCAGUAUCGAUUCAUUGAUGGAGUCAAUUUUCAGUUAAAGCAAACACAGCAGCAAAACAAACAAAGCAAUGUUUCUAGCAAAGGAGCUAAAGAUCAGAAACUAAAUGGCAGAACAGUAGACCCAAAAGCGUACGAUGUGGUGCGGAAUGCGAGAGCUGAACCAGCUAGAGCUCAACACAGAGGGAUUGGACAGAGGAGGAGCUUCUUUGAUUCAGCUGAUUUCUUUCCCGAGCCAAAACAGACAGUUUCUAUAUAUGGUGAGAUUGAGAAGAGGCUGAGAAUGAGAGGAAUCGAUGAGCCAUCGAAAGACCUCGAAACCCUCAAGCAUAUCCUUGAAGCUCUGCAACUCAAAGGCCUUCUACAUUCCAACAAGCCAGCAAAUCAAAUUAAUCAAAGAAACUUCAUUUACGAAGAAUCUCCGAUCGUCCUAAUGAAGCCAGCAAAAUUACUAGCCUCAAUGAACAUGCCAGCUGGAAGAAUCAUCAACGACUCGCCUCUUUCAAAUUUUAGACCAAGAUCUGGUGUACAUCGAGAUCCAAACUAUGCUGAGACAUUGCCGGCAAUAAGUCCCAGGCGCGAGCGUCCAGAGAUCGAAAAGAAUGCAAGGGGGCAAGUCAGAGGUAGGAAUUUGAGUUCGCCAAUGGGAAACGAGAGUGGCAGUAGAAGUCCCAGUAUGAGGAGACCUUUGAGCGUUGAAACGCAGAAGAGAGUUAGCAAUGAUACGGUCGAGCAAAGAAGAGUGUCUCCGGUUCAAUCUCCUAAAAUCAUUUCGAGAAAAACUGGGUUAGAUCAGACGACAACUCGGGCACUUAGAAGAAAACCAGCGGUUGAGAUAUAUCGCAAGGAUGACAAAUCGUUUGUCUCUGCAUACGAUGACUUGUCCACUUUCUCCGAGAGUAGUGUCAGCACCUCUUCUCACGCUGAUAUGGAGAGGUCGAAAUUAGAGGAUUAUAACGAAGGGAGAAAUCUAUUAGAGAGGUGCGAUAAGCUGCUCCACAGCAUAGCGGAGAUAACUGCCAGCGAGUUGCAACCUAGUCCGGUAUCAGUGCUCGACUCGUCCUUUUACAAGGAGGAAUCUUCUCCUUCACCUGUAAUGAAACGGACCGUUGAUUUCAAAGAUCAAUUAGAAGAAGUAGAGAUAGAGGAUGAUAUUUGGAGCACAACAAUCUCAACAGCUGAGUCAAAUUCCGAUGACUCUGACCUUAUGUACAUUUCUGACAUCCUCCGAGCUUCGAAUUAUUUGCCUGAGGACUCCGAUAUAUUCCUGCUGCUAGAGAAGCAGCAAUAUCUUAAAGGGAAGGACACUUCCAAAGUGUCAACACUCCAAAGAAAGCUUGUUUUUGACACAAUCACGGAAAUUAUGAAUCGCAGGAGACAUUUGCCUCCUUGGAAGGCCAUUAGUUGGACGAAUCCUGAGAGUGGACCAAUUUCAUUGCAACAAAUCUGGUCAGAAUUUCAAAGAAUUCGGCAGAGGGACGCAUCAGAUGACUUGUUUGAAGUGAUCUGUGGAGUGCUUAGAAAGGACCUGGCAGGUGAUACCAUUAGUGGAUGGGGAGAUUGCCCAGUUGAGAUGUCUGAAGCUGUUUUAGAUAUUGAGAGACUGGUAUUCAAGGAUUUAAUUGGCGAAACCAUCCGAGAUCUCGCUGCUUUUGGCCGGAAGGGAAAAUGCAAUCAAGGAGACCCCUUGCCUCGAAGGAAAUUGGUAUUCUGAAAACAAACGAACAAAAAAAUAAAGCAGCCAUCGCCUUUUUCGUUCGUUUUUUCGCUUCUUUUUUUGGUUUUUGUUUUUUGCAAGGGAGGAUUUAACAAUGUGGUGGGGAAUGUUUAGUUUAAUUCACCAGAAAACCAGCA